AUGGGUAAUAAAAAUGACAACGGAAAAGGUAACACGUUCAAGUCGGUUCCUUCUCCAACUGGAGCGCAAGCAUUACCCUGGAAUACGUUGCGCCAACAACAAAUACCAUCAUCUCGUGAUAAUGAUUCAGCACAUUCACAGAAACACCAUCAUCACCAUCAUCGAAUUCAUCCUGAACAUGACCAUGAAAAUCCUGAGAAACCUGUUACAACCUAUAGUUUAUCAUCGAGUAGACAAAACUCUUCUAACGGUCAUCAAAAAGAAGAACAUCAAAGUGUAAGGAUUGAAAAUAAACCUGUUGCCGAAAGACCAAUACAAUCUGCUUGGUUACAUCAAAAUACCGACCAACGCGAGUCAAAAAUGCAUUAUCCCCAACACAAACAACAACAUCAUCAUCAUCGCCACCAUCAUCAUCGUCACUGGUAUGGUAAUCAUAAUCAUCAUGAUUUUUAUAAUCUUUACUAUCAACAAGAUGAGAGACCUUUGGCAAUACGAAGGCAUAAACCUGUUGAGGACGAAGAAGAAGAAAAAAACCAACAUAAAAAUAAAUCAUUUACUGAAGAAUAUAUCAAAGGGGAGCCCGAUCCACAUAUUUCGGUAAAUUCAUCUAAAAAAACGAGUGGAAUUCCCUUAAGAAUGGAUCAGCGAGAAAAUUUAAACGAGUUCAUAAAAGUAUCAAUGAAAUAA